UAUUAAUUAAAACACCCUUAAUCGAUAUCAAUUCACUUCUCCCACGUGAUGGCCAACUUCUGAAUAGAACGAUGAGUCUUAUUAUAAAAAAAUUCUAUAAAUGCAUUUUCUGAUGACCAAUAAAUUUUUUAUGUUGUAAAAUGUUGGAGCAGAACCUUAUAACUAAGACCUUAUAACUUUUUCAACAUUUUUCCUGUUGCCGCAAGUGAAACUGGGUACGAGCAUUGACGUGUAACAUAAUCGGUCUUUUCCGAUUUAUAACUGGUUGAUUGAUGAUGGCUUCAAUAAUGUCAGUUUCUGGCGUAUUGCCUCAAUUUGAAAGCAAUACAUUUCUGCAUUGUUUUGCCAGGAUUCAUGAAGCUUUAGUAAUGAAAAUGAAGCCCGCCAAAGAGUCACCAUCACCUUUUUUUGUUGGGUCGGGGGCUUUGGAAAAUACGGUGCCACUUCUUGUUUGUUUCUGACCGUCUUGUCUGCCAGUCAAAUCCUCGGACUGUUUUGCUAGUCAAAAACUGAUCACAAACCUGGCCUGAAAACGUGUUGGAACAGAACACUAGUUUGGACUUUGGGCUUGGUGUUGGAACGCCGACGGCCGAACCGCAAGUCCGCACUACGCGGAUGGAACAAGAUAACUUAUCAGUGAGUUGGUUGUAGACAAUUCGCGGGAAACGGAAUCCCUACUCCGUGGGAAUCGUCCGGUUUGGGCUUUAAUAUACCAAACAAAUUCUCUUUCAUUUCGACUGGAAAUAAGUAAUACGGAAAAUAAAAUGAGCCAGAAAAAUUUGUUGCAGUUCUUCAAACCUUCGCCAACGGGGAAACGUCCCUUGGCUGAAAUUGCCGGUAAUCAAGUGUCCGCCAAGAAAGCCAAACUGGACUCAGACGCCCAAGAGCCUAAAGAAACAGAUUCCGUUGAAAAGGUUGAUUCCAAGACCAAAAAAAAUGAGUCCUGUACUCCAAAGAGAUUGCAGAUGUCCCUCCCCUUUGAGCCGAAGCCUGAGGACAUCAGGGAAGAGAUUUUGGAUUUUUCUAAGAAGUUGCCAAUCAUCGACCCUAAAAUAGGCCCAUCUUGGUUUAAGGCUCUGAAACCAGAGUUCAAAAAGCCAUAUUUUAAAAAACUUAAUGACUUUGUCAUGUCUGAGAGGAAGUCGUACACAAUAUAUCCCCCUGCAGACAAAGUCUGGACCUGGACAAAGGAAUGUUCUCUUAAAGACAUAAAAGUAGUGAUCCUCGGACAAGACCCUUACCACAAUCCCAACCAGGCACAUGGCCUCUGCUUCAGUGUUGAAAUCGGAACACCUCCCCCACCCAGCUUGCUUAAUAUGUACAAAGAAUUAUCAACCGAUAUUCAAGGGUUUAAACAACCAAAUCAUGGUUAUUUAAUCAACUGGGCUAGACAAGGAGUCCUACUGCUUAAUGCCUGCUUAACAGUUAGAAAGAACGUACCAAAUUCACAUAAAGACAAAGGCUGGGAGCAGUUGACAACAUCGGUGAUAAAAUAUCUCAAUGAUCACCAUGAGGGACUUGUUUUCCUCCUGUGGGGUUCUUACGCACAGAAAAAGGCGGAUUUUGUCAACAAGAAAAAACAUCAUGUCCUCAUGACUGUCCACCCUUCACCAUUGUCUGCAAGCAGGGGCUGGUUUGGUUGCAAGCACUUCUCACGAUGCAAUGAAUUUCUGACAAAAAUGGGGAAAAAGCCAAUUGAUUGGGGAAACGUUUAAUUUUUUCUGACAUAUUAUUUUUCAAUUGUAUUUUAUAA